CCCCCGUUCAAUCCAGCUCCAAGGAAGGAAGGAGGAACCGCUCGAGUCGCAUGUGUCACUUCCAGAAUGCUCCGAAACCGCGCUGCUAUGUGACUCCCUGGGAUAUUUUAGCCUGUUUUGCGGUCGGUGGGACGUAAGGUUAGAAAGUUAGGAAUCACAGCCGGUGUUUUGGGGGCGCGGGGCGCGUUGGGAAGGUGGCGCGAGUGGUUUCGGAAGUGGAGCGUGGCAGAGAAAAGGAAGAAGGGGGGGGCUUUUCUUUCCUGUGUGAUACCAGUUAGCUUCGCUUCGCUUUGCUGCCACGACGGGACUGACGUAGAAUAUGGCGGAGCAUCACCCGGUUUCCGACAACAAACACAAAUCUUCGCUCAACUCCGGAGCUCCGUCGUACUCCGGGAAUGGACGCAGCAGCACGGCGGUGGUGGAGAGAGGAGGAGGAGGAGGAGGAGGAGGCGGCAGCAGCAGUGCCGGGGCAGGACCGGGACCGGGAGCAGGAGCAGCCGGAGGAGGAGGAGGGCUGUCCGGCGGCCUGUCGCAGCCGGCCGGGUGGCAGUCCCUGCUGUCUUUCACCAUCCUGUUCCUGGCCUGGCUGGCCGGUUUCAGCUCCAGGCUCUUCGCUGUCAUCCGCUUCGAGAGCAUCAUCCAUGAGUUUGACCCCUGGUUCAACUACAGGUCGACUCACCACCUCACCACCAACGGUUUCUACGAGUUCCUCAACUGGUUUGACGAAAGGGCCUGGUACCCUCUGGGCAGGAUAGUGGGGGGCACGGUCUACCCGGGUCUCAUGGUCACCGCUGGCCUCAUCCACUAUGUCCUCAACUUGCUGCACAUCACCGUCCACAUCCGGGAUGUCUGCGUGUUCCUGGCGCCCGUGUUCAGCGGCCUCACCGCCAUCUCCACCUUCCUGCUGACCAGGGAGCUAUGGAACCAGGGGGCGGGCCUACUGGCGGCCUGCUUCAUCGCCAUCGUCCCCGGCUACAUCUCCCGCUCCGUUGCCGGCUCUUUCGACAACGAAGGCAUCGCCAUCUUCGCUCUGCAGUUCACUUAUUAUCUCUGGGUGAAAUCGGUGAAGACGGGCUCAGUCUUCUGGACCAUCGGAUGCUGCCUCUCUUAUUUCUAUAUGGUUUCAGCUUGGGGUGGCUACGUCUUCAUCAUCAACCUAAUUCCUCUUCAUGUGUUCGUCCUGCUGCUCAUGCAACGCUUCAGCAGGAGAGUCUACAUAGCCUACAGCACCUUCUACAUCAUCGGCCUGGUCCUCUCUAUGCAGAUCCCUUUUGUGGGCUUUCAGCCAAUCAGGACCAGUGAACACAUGGCCGCAGCAGGUGUGUUUGUGCUGCUCCAGGUCUACGCCUUCCUGCAGUACCUGAAGGACAGGCUGACCAGACAGGAGUUCCAGACGCUCUUCUUCCUGGGGGUGUCUCUGGCGGCCGGCGUGGUUUUCCUCUCGGUCAUCUACCUGACAUACAUAGGGUACAUUGCUCCGUGGAGUGGGCGCUUCUACUCCCUGUGGGAUACUGGCUACGCCAAGAUCCACAUCCCCAUUAUUGCGUCAGUGUCGGAGCACCAGCCCACCACCUGGGUCUCCUUCUUCUUUGACCUCCACAUCCUGGUCUGCACCUUCCCAGCAGGCCUUUGGUUCUGCAUCAAGAACAUCAAUGAUGAGCGCGUGUUUGUGGCCUUGUACGCCAUCAGCGCCGUGUACUUCGCCGGCGUCAUGGUGCGUCUGAUGCUCACGCUGACCCCGGUGGUGUGCAUGCUGUCGGCCGUGGCCUUCUCCAGCGUCUUCGAACACUACCUGGGCGACGACAUGAAGAGGCAGAGCCCGCCGGCAGAGGACAGCAGCGACGAGGACGACAGAAAGAACGCCGGCAACCUCUACGACAAGGCCGGGAAGGUUCGCAAACAUGUGUCCGAGCAGGAGAAGGCGGAGGAGGGCCUGGGUCCCAACAUCAAGUCCUUAGUCACCAUGUUGAUGCUGAUGCUGCUCAUGAUGUUCGCCGUUCACUGCACAUGGGUCACCAGUAACGCCUACUCCAGCCCCAGCGUGGUGCUGGCAUCGUACAACCACGACGGAUCCCGUAACAUCUUGGACGACUUCAGGGAGGCCUAUUAUUGGCUGAGGCAGAACACAGACGAACACGCCAGAGUGAUGUCAUGGUGGGACUACGGUUACCAGAUCGCAGGCAUGGCCAACAGAACCACGCUGGUCGACAACAACACGUGGAACAACAGUCAUAUAGCCCUGGUGGGAAAAGCCAUGUCGUCCAAUGAGAGCGCAGCCUACGAAAUCAUGAGGUCACUGGACGUCGACUACGUCCUCAUCAUCUUCGGGGGUGUGAUCGGUUACUCGGGCGACGACAUCAACAAGUUCCUCUGGAUGGUCCGCAUCGCAGAGGGGGAGCACCCGCGGGACAUCAGGGAAAGUGACUACUUCACCCCACAGGGAGAGUUCAGAGUGGACAAAGCCGGCUCCCCCACCCUCCUCAACUGCCUUAUGUACAAAAUGUCUUAUUACCGCUUCGGAGAGAUGCAGCUGGACUUCCGGACGCCGCCAGGCUUUGACAGGACACGUAACGCUGAGAUCGGCAACAAGGACAUAAAGCUGAAGCACCUGGAGGAGGCGUUCACCUCCGAGCACUGGUUGGUCAGGAUUUAUAAGGUGAAAAAGCUGGAGAACAGAGACCGUUUGGAGCACAAGCUGAGGAGCACCGACUCCGUUAAGCAGAAGUACACCUCGAAAAAGACCGCCAAGAGGAAGCGGGGUUACAUCAAGAACAAGCUAAGCUUCAAGAAGGGUAAGAAACUGACCAAGAAAUCUUUAUAGGCGGUGGGCGGAGGCAGCGACCCGCUGUCGACGAGAGAGGGAAAAAUCUGACGUCAACACAAACCUUCCAACGAAAACAAGCAGCAAACGUAAUUCCACCAAUCAAGUCGAACGCGGAACACCAGAGGUUCUCCAGACCCUUGUCAUCCCGAGCGUACACAUCUGGAAGUCCAGGCCGGAACUGUUUAACAUCACCCAGGAAACCGGAGAUCUGACCUUUGACCUGCUCAGCUCAGCGGGGGUCAAGGAGGUGGAGAAUGGAGAGGGGCGGGCCAGUCCUGUAGACCCUCCCCACAUUGGUUUUAACCUGAGGAACUGUGACCUUUGACUCGCAUUUCUUUUUUUUUUUUUUUUUUUCUUUUUUUUUUUUUUUUUGUACUUGAAUGUGCCGUGAGAGAUGAGGCGUCCCCGACGGAGCGGCCGCCGUUCUCGACCGCUCCUCGCAUCGCAUCCUUCAGAGAGGUACAGAAAACAGACCACUGUUCUACCACGUCUCACACACACAGGAGAAACCCUGCGGCGUAGGGCUUUCACCUGCUUCGGCAAAUUCUUCGUCAAUAUUAAACCUAAUCUGAAUGAAAUAGAAAAUCUACCGCUCUCUUCUUUAGUCUGAAUCAGCAGCCGGCGUCACGAGCUCAGAUGCUUUUGGAACAUUGAGCCUCACAGUGGGAGAACAGGGACGCUCUACAGUCUGUUUACUGUUCACCAUGAUUCAUUUCCUCUCAUAUUGUCUUUACAGUCUAUUAUCAGCAGCGGGCAUGUACACACAGUAUGUGCCAACGUCAGCCGACCUCAUUUUAUUUCAGUCGGUUUAAAGGAUCCAUCUGGUUUAUCGCAGUUUAAUUAUAACGACCUCAUAUUGUGCUCGUGUUAGUUACAGUUUGAGAUCGGGGGGUGGUUUUCAUUUCUAAA